UUCGCACUCGCCCAUUCGUGUGACGACCGUAUUGUGCGCGCUUCGCUCGAUUGCUACAAGUCAACGGCUGAGCAUAUCAUAACAUCAGUCACUUAUGAGAUUUCACAACGAUUAGUCCCUUUCAAAUUAUCGCUCACGAUCACAAUCUCCAUCGAUUCAUUUAGAACAGGAGCAUUCACUGUUGUUAUAUUUCUUUCAUUUUCGUACGCACUGUGCUUCGCUUUUCACGUACGAUAGAGUGAUCUUGAUUCAAAGUUUCCGAAACGCUUUCAAUCCGAGGCUGAAUUGCACCAUUUUUAUCCAGCAAAACGGCGGAAUUGGAGCGCAAAAUGCCACCGACACAAUUAUCGCCAACAACAUUCCAAGCACCCAAUUUCUCAACGAAUUACAACAAUUUAUAUGGACUUUUGGACGUUCCAAAAUCGCCAACAUCGAUGCAGUCACAAUCAUCGGCCUUUCCGUAUUUUUACUCCAUCCCAGAUAAUGGUUCAGUGGUUGGGCAACCAUCAUCGAUGAAUCAAUUGAACCUGACCGAUAAUACCUCAAACUAUGGCCUAACGAUCAAUUCACUGUAUAACACAUUGAAUGCGGGCUACAAUGACGAUUUGCUGACGCUGGUAAGCGGCAUGAAUGGUCUUCAAAUGGGUGAUAUCGGUCAAACACCAGUGCAGCACACCUGCGGCAUGAACCAUUUGUCUGCGUUGUCCACAAAUUUGGACUGUUGCACCAAAAACCCUUUCGGAAAAAAGGUGCCAAAGGAUUACAUGUGCCACUUAUGUUUCAACAAGGAUCAUUUCAUCCGCGAUUGCCCACUGGCACGCAAGAAGAACGAAGGCCGUACACCGUAUCAGGGCAAAAAGCGUUGCUUUGGUGAAUACAAAUGCACCAAGUGCAAGCGUAAGUGGAUGUCGGGCAACAGCUGGGCCAAUAUGGCACAAGAAUGCAUCAAGUGCCAAAUUAAAAUCUAUCCGCACAAACAGCGGCCACUUGAAAAGCCCGACGGCUUGGACGUUUCUGAUCAGAGCAAGCUCCACCCACAACUACUGUGCGAAAAAUGCCAGCAUCUCGGCUAUUAUUGUCGUAAAAAUUUGUAAUUUUUUCUUCAUUUUUGAAAAAAAUCAAUUUUAAUUUUGUUAAUUUUAAGUUCCAAUUUUGAUAGCGUUAAGCUUCAAUUUGGAUCCGGUUUUAAAGUCGAACAAAACUUUUAAUUCCGAACUAUGUGAAUCUUGGAAUGUCAAGAAAUUUUAUAGGAAUAGAUUUUAAAAAAAGGAAGGAAACGUUGCCAAUUGGCACUUCGUCAUUGUGCAUGUUCCUUAUACAGAUUCAUCAAAGAAAAUCGCACCAAAUCAUAUAGAUUUUAAUAUAAAAUGCUAAUAAAUUUCUUUGGUUUCAAAGUUACCACACGUACCGCAAAGGCUGCAAACUUUGUUCGCAAGUCAAAGAUUCCUGUAAUAAUCCAUUGAACACAAACACAUACUUUCGUCGCACAAAAAUGUAUUAGAUGUUCUAUACUUUGAAAUGAAAGUUAGGUUUGAAUAAAAUCGUCAACAUUUUUAACUAUCAUCGUGAAAAUUCCGAUGUAAUUCCGUUAAAUCGAAAGAUAAAUUUGUUACGUAAUCGUGUAUUAUUUAGCAUUGUAUCGCGUUAUUUUUUUUAAAUUGUAAAUUGGGAUGUUUGUGUUCAAUAUUCCGAAAAUUUCAAAAUCGUUCGUUAAAAUGUGCGCAUAUCGUUGGAGUUGCCGAUUUUAUUCGAGGUUUUUUCUCUUAUUUGACUAGAACAUUUUUUUAAUGGUUUGAACAAUAAGAACGAAGACAGACAUAGGAAUGAAGAAAAUGGGAAAAAUAAAUAAGAUAGACAUGGAAAAUGUGAACAAAAAAAAAAUUGAAAACACAUAAAAAAUACAACGAAAAAGAGAUGAAGUUCAAUCAUGAAACACUACAAUGAUCAACAUUUUUUUACUCUAAAAUACAACUUGAAAAUUAUUACAGUACCAAUCUUAAAGAAUAAAGACAUUACAUUAUAAUGUAUACUAAAAAUAAUAAACGCUAUGAAAAUAAAAGGAUAAAACAACUUUGAAAA